UCGUUAUCCAUGGAUUCUUCUUUCUUUCUCUUCCUCUUAUGUGUCUCCUUUGCAUUCUUUCCAGGCUCCAUUGAUUCAGCAAAAGCUAAACCUCGCGCAUUCAUACUCCCUGUUAGUAAAGACAAUGUCACGCUUCAAUUCUCUACCAUGGUUGAGCUGGGCACCCCUCAAACCCCGGUGGACCUGGUGAUUGAUCUCGGCGGUCAGAUGGUAUGGUUCGUCUGUGAAAAUGGCUUCACUUCAUCCACAUACCGUCCAGUGCCCUGCGGCUCCGCAAAAUGUGGCGCUGCAAAGGGAGUGGGCUGCGUCGGCUGCGACGGAACGCCCAGGCCAGGAUGUACGAACAACACUUGUGGGGUCUAUCCAUAUAAUCCGGUUAACAAUUCACUUUACUCCGGCGGCCUAGGCGAAGACACCAUGGCGAUUUUUUCAACAGAUGGAAGAAGAUACAUGAAUAUAUCUGUUCCCAGCUUAGCUUUCGCUUGUGGAUACAACGACCAGUUGCAGGGCCUUGUCAAUGGCAGCCAAGGAAUGAUUGGCCUGGCAAAAACUCAAAUGGCACUGCAAUCGCAGCUCUCUGCGGCUUACAAGAUUCAGAAUAAGUUCGCUCUUUGUCUUCCUAGUGGGAACGGCCGUGGGUAUAUGUUGAUCGGCGGUGGCCGUUACCCGGAAGAUGUCUCCAGGUUGCUUAUUAGAACCCCGUUGACAAUCAACCCAGUGAGCACGGCGCCGAUUUACUCAGAAGGAGAUCGUUCGGAUGAGUAUUUCAUCGACGUAAAAUCCAUCAGAAUAGAAGGAAAAGUUGUGUCCUUGAACACUUCCUUGCUCUCCAUUGACAAAGACGGAGUGGGAGGAACAAAGAUCAGUACAGUUUCUCCUUACACAGUCUUACAUUCUUCUAUUUACAAGGCUCUGGUGAAUGACUUCAUCAAGAAGGCCGCUGCCAAGAAGAUUAACAGGGUGAAGGCAGUGGCUCCAUUUGGAGCGUGUUUCAGCUCCAAGAAGAUUGCUGGUACAAAGACAGGACCAGCCGUGCCAAUAAUAGAGCUGGAGCUACAAGGAAACGGCACGUUUUGGAGGAUUUUCGGGGCCAAUUCAAUGGUGAAAGCGAAGAAAGAUGUACUAUGUUUGGGGUUCAUAGAUGGAGGGUUAGAACCCAGAACCUCCAUUGUUAUAGGAGGGCUUCAGUUGGAAGAUAAUUUGUUGGAGUUUGAUGUUGAAUCCUCUACACUAGGUUUUAGCUCUUCGCUCCUUCUACACAAGACUAGUUGUUCUCAAUCCAAGGCCAUGUUCUCUUACCCGGAUUAGAGAUUGACCAGAUAAAGAGUCUGGAUUGGUAAUCAAAUUGGUUGACCAGUAAUCUGAUUGGUGUGCUACUUAAAUAAAUAUUAAAAAGUUCUAUCAAUUUAGUUAUGAAAUUUUAAAUUUUAAUAUGAAUUUCAAUUUAUCAAAGUUUGAUUUAAAAGGUGCUAAUGCAUGGUUAUUUUCAUC